GUGUUUAUGUCUCAGUGUGUGACAAAUAAGAGGGAAAAAAAGGUAGCGCUUGGGCACACAACAAAGCGCCGGCUGACUGACGCGUAUAGAGUGCAAAGAUCCGGAGAAGCAGUCCACUCCCAGAGAUGACAACACGCCAGAGGACCAGCUUUCAAUUAACUCUGUAUUUAAACUAAAAGUUUGGCGCGUCGCAGAGGAGAGGAUCUGCUGUCAACUUCUCACCAAAUAAAAGUAUUCGCCUGCAAAAAUGCAGCGUCCGGGCGGUCAAGGGACAGCGUUUUCAAUCGACUCCCUCAUAGGAACCCCUCAGCCCAGGCCUGGACACCUGCUCUACACGGGCUAUCCUAUGUUCAUGCCGUAUAGACCUUUGGUCAUCCCACAGGCUUUAUCCCACUCGCCUUUAUCGUCUGGUAUACCUCCACUAGCGCCACUGGCUUCUUUUGCAGGACGGCUCACCAACACGUUCUGUGCCAGUUUGGGACAAGGAGUGCCAUCCAUGGUUGCACUCACCACAACGAUGCCAAGCUUCUCGGAUCCACCGGACAGUUUCUACCCUCCACAAGAGCUGCCUGGUCCCCGUCUGAGCGCCGCAGACUCUGUGACGAGGAGACAGGAAAGUCCGCACUCUGAGGAACUGCACAGCCGGGACAAGAGCUCUGAGCUGCUGAACUUCUCGGAAACUUUUCAAACAAUAUCAGGUGAGACCAAACUAUACAGUUCAGACGACGAGAAGUUGGACCUAAAAUCAGCUGACACCGUCUGCAGCGACAGAGAGGACAGCUCCGCAGACAGCGAGAACGAAAGUUUCUCGGACGGGAACACCUGUGGUCCUCUAUCCCAGAAGGGCAAACUAAAAACCGGCUCGCAAGAGACGCUGCCAACCGGCAGUUCAGCUGGGAAGAGCCGAAGGAGACGAACAGCUUUUACCAGCGAGCAGCUGCUCGAACUGGAAAAGGAGUUUCAUUGUAAAAAAUAUCUUUCUCUGACUGAACGCUCCCAGAUCGCACAUGCACUUAAACUGAGCGAGGUGCAGGUGAAGAUUUGGUUUCAGAACCGCAGGGCCAAGUGGAAACGGAUCAAAGCCGGUAACGUCAACAACCGGUCAGGAGAACCUGUGAGAAAUCCCAAAAUAGUGGUUCCCAUCCCUGUGCACGUCAACAGGUUUGCUGUGAGGAGUCAGCAUCAGCAAAUAGAGCAGGGGACCAGACCAUGAUCUCAGAUGAAAAAUCAGAACAUAUUAAUAAUAGAACACUUACAAUGACUCUCAUUUCCACUGACUUGUUGAACGCAUGAAGCACAAAAAGGAGAAUUCAGUUAUUUUGUCUGAGAGGGGACUGACAAAAAUAUCAGUUAUUUGGAAAUAUGCUGUCAUUUUUAUUUAUUAUUAUGUGAAUAUGUAAAUAGGAGUGUGUUUAAAAAAAUGGUACAAAAGGGCACUAUGAGAUGUGACUGUAAAUAUUUUCUAAUUAUUUAUAUUUAGGGCCAAAACGUUCUGUUGCUUAUGUGCAUGUCCUCAUUUGGUGAUGAUUUCUGGAUUUUGUGUUUCGUACAAUUUGUUGACCACAUUUGCAUGUAACUGGAGACGUUUUUACAUUUUCUUUGGCGGGUGUAGGAAGCAUCUUUGACAAAUAUUUGUGGGGGGAAAAAAAUAAAAUAAAAAAAAAAGAUCUGAAGGAAAUACGAACA